CCCGUGACGGUCAUGAGGGGUCUUACUGAGCUCGGGUUCACAAGCUGAGAUUUAAGAGCAAUUGCAUUGGUUUUCAUUUGAACACAGCCACGUUUUGGGUCCCCAGAAGCUGUAUCCUUGUUCAUCUCGUUAUCCACUUUCGACCAGUUUCCCUUUCGUUAGGUGUCACUGACUGAGACAUCGCCAUGCCACGCAGAGGAUUUGAUGUCCAUUUUGAGAGUAAAGGCGGAGGAUACUAUGUUCAAGCAGAGGAGGCAGCUGGAAUAGCCGUGCUGGUCGUGGUCUUUGCAGCACUCCUCGUAAUCGGAUGCUGGUACUACAGGAGGAGGAGCGGAUACAAAAUGAUUCAGAGUUCAUGGAGCGCUCCGGCCUGGAGAUCGCUUGCAAGGCCGAGCCAUUACAGCGAGGGGGGUGCGGCUGGGGGGAAUAAAGUUGCCCUCGAUGAGUUCACCAACUUCCGUCAGGUGAUUCCCAAUGCCCCCCCGGCAUAUGAGAAGAUUUCUUCUGGUCCUUCACCCCCCCCUUACUCACCAUGAAUGGCUGCAGAGACCAACGGCAGUAGCACCUAACAGUCAUUAUAGUCUUCACUUUCACUGAUAUUCUUUAAUUAAAUCUGUGGGACCAACUUUCAAAGAUCAUUCCUGGCUUUAAUUAGAAAUAAUCAAGGCAACAGUCGCAAAAUAACGUAUGAGCUGAAGAAAAAUAUAUAUAUUUACAUACACAAACUAAUCAUUUAUUGACAAUAUCUUCUGUUGCUUUCAGUAAAUUGCACCUCUUCUCUGUACUUUAACAGUAACUUAAGUCCCACCUUUUUUCCCCAGAAUAAAUGUUUAUUUUCAAACAAUGUAAAA